GUCACUUCAUCAAUUCGAGAUUUAAUCAAUACUGCUUGUAGUAUAUAAACCAUAAGAUAGUCUAUCGGCACCAGUGGUGUGACUACUACUAGUAAAUAUAUCACUACUACUACUACCAAUGGUACCAAAACCAGGCAUUUAAUUAGAGGUAGGACUACCCAGAGGACUACCCAGAGCAAUAGAACUAUAACUACCAUCACGACUACAACUAAUAUUCGGGUAAACAUCAACAAUUCCAAUUCUAUCACCAGAAUCAGAACUACAGGCUUUUAAGCCCUCCAACAUGAGUCUCCUACGCGAAUCUUCAACUUCACAGUCCUCUACUUCUGGAACACCCAUGUUCCAAUCAAUCCAGGACUCACCCAAGAUACUCGUCUCAGGAGAAGACAGAGCUAAGUCCUACUAUUCAACAAAAUAUUUCCUCCAAGCAGACCCCAAAACAGAAUCUCCUUGCCGUAGUACCACCAAACCUACCCAAAUACUUCCCUCAACUCCCGGCCUCGAUGUCUGGGUCUCCGGGAUAUCCCAUCGAAGAACUCUUGAGAUGCUAGGCUACCCACCUUCCAACUCACACAUUUCUUCCCCAGCUUCAAAACCGUCCUUCGCAAACACCAACUCACAGGCCUCCAGGAUUCAAAAAAGCAACGUAACCACCCGACCUCAAAUACCAGCAUCCUCAGUCAUAAACUAUCUUCUCGAGACUUCUCCAAAAAAGAUGCAUAUCAACAUCAACGGAUCCAAACGCACCAGUCAAGUCGAAGAUAAAUCCGAAGACUACGCCAUUCUCCGCUGCAUCGCUGAUUCUAACGAGCCACGCUACUGGGUCUUUGAUAUUGAGGAUCUUCAUUGUGCGGUAUGUUGGAAACAGAUGCGAGAGCAGCGGAGAAGAGAUAGCGAUAAAAGUAGGAGAUGGGGCGAGAGAGUCAAGGGAGCAUGGAGACAUCAGCAUUGUGUGAAUUCUUGCUGUCAUGGAGAGUGUACUCAUGAACGACGGUCCCAUAACGUACUCAACCGUCUCGGACUCUCCACAACCCGUAAAAUAAAGUAUAUCCAACUAACUACUUCAUCUAUGUGCAUGGAUCCGGAUAUACUUGCCUCUGCAAUAACAGUCUUAAAACCCUUCAUCUCGAAACUUUCCGGCUUAGAAGUUCUUCUCGUUUCUUCAAAUUCCCUACUCAGACCGAUUGAUAUGUGGAAUGGAUCGAGACAAGAAGCGCGGCGUUUUAUAUGUUGUUUUUCGGAGUUGGAGGAAUGGUUAGUGGAAGGGGUAAGGUUGAAGGUUAAGGGAUUGAAAGAAUUUGGGGAGUUAGAGGAUAUGUGGUGGGAUGUGAGGAGGAAGUGGUGGAGGAUUAGAGGGAGGGUAGGAGAUGAGAAAUAUAUUGUUAGAAUGGGAGAGGAAAGAGAGGGAAGAUAGGUGAAAAGUGGAUGAACUUUUGUUCUAGAGUAAUUGUUGAAUAAGGAUGGGCAGAUUGAGGUGUAUUGAUCGGAGUAUACCAUAUACUAGACCAGCAAAUUGGAAAUCGAGAAAAUUCCA